AUGUUUGAGCGUCUAGAAGAAAAGUGGCUUCCUUUUUGCAAAAAUGAUGAUUUUAUAAAAGAGGAAGUUGCUCGUUAUAGCUUACUUUUCUCCAAGUAUCUGAACAUACCUGAAGGAAGUAACCCGAAUUCUUCAUUAUGCUAUAUCUAUAUUGCUAUGUCUAUUGUUUUACACUAUGGGUUAACGUGCCUCACUAACUUGAACCCCAUCAAAAGAAGGGAACUUCGCAGAUACCAUGACUUGUCAUACACCCAUUUUGAGGAAAUUAAAAAAAAUGAUACGAGUGCACACUCAUCCAAAGAUAAAGAUUACAACCGAACAGACAAAAUUGUCGAUCAAAUUGUAAAUCCAAACUUUCCAAACGUAGAAAUUGGAACCAAUUCGAAUCUAACGGACCAAUCUGUUUGUCACGUAAGGGGCGAAUAUUUUCCAAACAUAACGAAGGAAAAUUUUGCGAAAAGAGAUGGCCAUACAUUUUCAAAUAUUCCGGGAGAUAGCUUCUCCGAAUUGGAAGGCGAAAAUCUGACACAUAUAAGAAAACAUAAAUUUUUCAUACUUCCAAAAUUGGAAGUUGCAAUGCGGAGACGUAGAUCCAAAUUUUCUAAGGCAGUUAUACCUAGUAAAGGUAACAUAGAUAGAGAAACCUGCCCCGACAUAACCAAUGAGAGCUUAUUUAAUAUUAUGAAAAAAAAAUCACAAAUCGUUGAAUCUAAAAAAUCACCAAACACAAUAACGAAGAACUAUCCAAGCGAUGAAUUCAAAAAUCCUCUUAAUCUAGAGUCCAAACAAUCUCUAAACGCAUCAACAGAAAAUUUGCCUAACGUGGCAGCAAAUAAAUCAUUUAGCAUACAAGCAAAGAGGACCCCUGCAGUAGAACAAAAGAAUAUCUCUGAUGUAGAAGCAAAGAGGACCUCUGCUGUAGAAGAAAAGAAUAUCUCUGAUGUAGAAGCAAAUAAGUUAUUCCCUGCUGUAGAAGAAAAGAAGACCCCUGCUGUAGAAGCAAAUAAGUUAUUCCCUGCUGUAGAAGAAAAGAAGACCCCUGCUGUAGAAGCAAAUAAGUUGUUCACUGCUGUAGAAGAAAAGAAAUCCCCUGCUGUAGAAGCAAGGAACACCCCUGUAUUAGAAGCAAAAAAAGUGACUAAGGUAACAAUUAAAGGGGAUCCCAACUUAGGAAACAACAAAUCUCCAGCACAAACAAUAAGAAAACCUCUCGCGGAAUCCGACAAGAAAACUACCAAUGCGACAAUCGAAAAGGAAUCGACACCCAUCGCACAUCAGACGGAACCAGCUGCAAAGUCUCACUUCCAAAAUUUUCUGAACAAUGCUAUAUUCUGGUUGAAGGAAAAAAUACUCUCACAAAUGAAUACGAUUAAGAAAAAAUUAUUAGGAGUUAAGACGCAACCAUCUGAAGCAAGAAAAGCAGGUGACAGAACAGAUGACUCGGAGAAACCAGAAAGAGAAGAACACUCGGAGGAAUGGAAAAUACAACAAUUUCGAAAUUGGAUAGACAAUUUGGACAAAGAAUACAAUACCUGGAAGGUUUCACUAGGGAAUGAUAACCAGUGGUUUCUUGAGAAAAAUGUAGUAUUUCAAAAUAUCCUCAAUAGAAUAAAGGAAAGAUGGAUAUUCUGGAAUACAGACACUCUGAAAGAUAUCAAUGAGGGGAAAAUCAGGUUAAAAGAUUUGGACAUUGAAGAACAGUGGAGUAAGUGGUUGGACACAAAUUGGAAAUCUUAUAAUAAGCGAAUCUGGAUUGACCUCACAGAUUCGUAUGAAAAAUUGUAUUAUCAUUGGAUACGUACUGAGUGGAAUAAAUGGAGAGAGAAAAAAAUGACAGAAUGGACAUCACAAGAAUGGAAAAUUCACGAAGACGAAAAGUGGCAACAAUGGGAAAGUCGGAAAUGGGCAAAAUAUUUUGAACGCAAAGAAAAAAAGAAAUGGAUCAAAUGGAUUAAAAGAAAUGAAAUGGAAAUCACGACGAUAAGGAGCUGGCAAAGGGAAAAAGGGAAUAUGCUUUUGCAAGGCGAUGACUCCUUAAAUUGGGAUAAGUGGAAGGAGGAAAAGUUCCAAAUUCUGGACGAAUAUUUGGAUUCGCUGAAAAACCACUGGCUAGCGGAGAAGAAGUGGUUGAUCUUGACGAAUGCGUCCAAGGAACGGGAGCAGGCUGGAGAGCGGGCCGCCCCAGGAGGGGAAAAAGCGGCUGUAAAAAAUGCACAGAAAAAUAGGGAUAAAGCUGACGAUCAAACUGACGAAGUGAAUUAG